AUGUCAUAUCGCCAUGGAAGGAUACCGCAACAGGCUUCGGACCAGAUAGCCGCCAAGGACUUCUGGCUUAGGGUCAUGCCCCUAGGUGCCUCUAUCACUCAGGGCAUACAUUCGUCAGACGACAACGGCUAUAGGAAGUGGAUACGAGAGCAGCUGCGCUGGGAGGGUUGGCAAGUAAACAUGGUGGGAUCAGGGCAGAUUGGGACAAUGAAAGACAGGGAUCACGAAGGGCAUCCCGGCUGGAUCAUUACCGAAGGCGGAGGGCAUAGUGGCGUACAACAGGCCUGGGACGCCGCAAAAUGGAUGAAGCCUAACCUGGUCCUACUCAAUGUCGGUACCAAUGACUGUAGUUUCAAUGUUGACUUGCCAAAUGCUGGGGCUCGAAUGCAGACUCUGGUUCAGAGCAUUUUCGACGCUGUACCUGGCGUUGUUGUUAUCAUGUCAACCCUGCUUCCAAGCCCUGCCAUCACAGACUGCGCAAAAGAUCUGAGCGCCCAGUUCCGCCAGAUUGUGCCCAAGAUCCAGAACGGCAGGCUAGCCAUCGCCGACUUCAACGCCGCUAUGGAUGUAACGACCAUGUUCUCGGACGACCCUAUCCAUCCGAACGACUAUGGGUACGAGUUCAUGGCCUCUGUCUGGUGGCAGGCCAUCAAUGAAACUUCUUCUGCCCUAUCAGCGCCGUUGGAUAAUGGCCAAGACGAUUCCCAACCCACUGAGACUUGUGCCAAACAGGCCGGUGUCUCGCGCGGGCCCAUCACUACGCAAAAUGGUUCUGGCCACGAUGACGGCAUCUACGUCCACAAGUCAACUAGCAAGGGCGUCUUAGUUGACGGCAGGAUCCAAAAGCCCACAGACAAGAACGAGUCUGAUGCUAUCCCUUGGCACAUUUUCUUUGCCCAACUGACCAAUAUCAACGGUGUCGACCGAAGCGCGGCCUUGGAUGACUGGGAUAAUGAUGGACUUGCCGAUUUUUGGUGCAUUGGGUCGGGCACGCAAAUAACAGUCUCCCUUAAUAAGGGAACAAGACCUCCCACGUUCGAGAACAUCGGCGUCGUCGUCCCGGCGAGUGGAAAUUUUACGCCAGCAGACGUUCGGAUUGCUGAUAUAGACGGCGACGGAAGGGCUGAUGUCUGUUUCAUCCACGAUAACGGCGACAUUGGCUGUUCCAGGAACGGAGGCCAGGGAAGGAACUAUUAUUGGCAAGGCUUCUCCACCGACAGCGGCCUGCGAGAGACUGUCUUUACUGGCAAGAACAAGGGCGAUAAGACCGGCGUUCGCCUCGGUAUGGGACCCCACUCCCUUUCGAUUUUCCGAGACGAUUGGAUGUGGGUUGGUGAUCAGGGAGACGUCGAUACGUGGAUCAACCAGCGUGGAUCAGGCGCUGGUAUUGUGCCGAGCUGGUCCGCGUCUGGCAUUACGCAUGCGGGCAUGAACACACCUGGCGUACGCGAGCAGAUCAAGUUUGGCCGGAUCUACGGCUCGGGUCGACGUGAUUACAUCUACCUCCAAGAAGAGGAUACUUACUAUGACAUGCUGGUGUGGGAAAAUCAAGGAGCAGGAGGGACAAAACUGAAAGGCGAUGGGGUUUUCUAUUGCGACAUGACAGGCAGUGGGAGCGAUGAUUAUGUCUGGAUCUACAUGGACGGUCACGCCGACUCGACCGACUUCUUUGCGAACAUUCAUUCCCCGCCAGACUGGGGCCAUAGCAUCUCCAUCACGCUGUCAGUCCCAGGGCCGCGUGUGGGCAUCCACUUGGCGGAUUUUGACGGUGAUGGAAGAUGCGACGUGCUUGUGCAGAACAAAGCCACGGGAGCUCUGACUUUGUGGCGUAACGAUUACGAUGCAACCGCCAAGUUGCUCAAGUUUAGCAACCAGGGAGUGAAGUCGGGGAGUGCUAGCUGCACCCAGGGAUGGGGCGUUGGCAUCUUCGACCGUGGUAUGCGGAUUGCCGAUAUUGAUGGCGAUGGUCGUGCGGAUAUCCUCUGCUUGGAGCCUGAUGGACGAAUAACGGCUUGGCUGAAUACAGCCACGGGGCUCCAAAAUGUUGGCCAGGUCAAGUUCAGUGAGGGUUGGGACAGGGCCAAUAUACGCUUUGCUGAUGUGGAGGCUUCGGGCCGGGCCGACCUCAUCCACGUUGACAAGUACACAGGUGCCGCAACAUUAUUCAAGAAUGACGGGUACCAGCCCAACGACGUUGACGCAAAUGGAGGGAGCUCGUUCCACUGGACUAACCGUGGUGUUGUGUAUUCACCAAUAGACCGCGGGGAGAAUAUGCACUUUGUGAACUUCGGGGGUCUCGGGCGGGCGGACCUUCAUCAUGUUUGGCCUGAUAAGAACAAUGCCGAGACUUUUUUCAAUGAGUGCCCUGGCGGAGGCAGUGGAGGCGAUGACGGCCCUAUCGUCGAUCCGGGACUCCCAGCCUUGUAAAUUAUGUAGUAGCUAUUUUAGUAUUUUGAACCCGCUAAUAUAUAAGAUUCC